UAACUAAAACAGUGAAAAAGAGUGAGUGAGUGAGUGAGAGAGAGAGAGAGAGAGAGAUAUGAGACGAGUAACAAGACGCCAAGAGUUAAUAUUUAGAGCAUAACGGAGGAAACUCAAUAUUUGAAAACUAGGGAGGGAAGCUAGCAAGAACGCUCUCGCCUUCACAAAAAGCAACCUUUUUUGUUGAUUAAUUUCUUUUAUUCAUGGAAGGAGUGGAACCUGGCGGAAUCGCCGUAGAUAUAGUCGGAGGAACGGAAGCGAAGCAGUACUCUGCAUCUUCUACUUCUUCUCCGUCUCCGCCUCCGUCGCCGCCACCGGCAUUUCCCUCGGUAGCAAUCGCAGGAGCUCAUGGUAUGGCGGCGGCGCCGGAGUCAGCAGGCCUGGCCACGGGAAUGAUGGCAGGUGCCAGCGACCUUUUCCGGGGGAAAAAGCGAGGGAGGCCGAGGAAGUACGGGCCCGACGGCAUGGCUCUGGCACUGACGUCACCCAGCUCCGGCCCCCCUUUCUCCUCGGGCGGCAAACAAAGUAAAGGCCGGCCGCCAGGGUCGGGCAAGAACCAGCUCCUCGCUGCUCUUGGAGAGUGGUUCGCGCACUCAGCUGGUGGAAAUUUUACACCCCAUGUAGUCACCAUUUCUGCAGGGGAGGAUGUUGCUGCAAGAAUACUUUCCUUCUCGCAAAAGGGACCGCAAUCUAUCUGCAUACUAUCUGCCAAUGGAGCCAUCUCCAAUGUCACCUUAAGGCAGCCUGGUUCUUCCGGUGGCACCUUGACUUACGAGGGCCGGUUUGAGAUUCUAUCCCUGUCUGGAUCCUUCACACUUACUGAAAACGGAGGCAUUCGGAGUCGAACUGGCGGGAUCAGUGUGUCGCUUGCAGGUCCUGAUGGUCGAGUUAUUGGUGGAGGGAUUGCUGGAACAUUGCUUGCAGCUAGUCCAAUUCAAGUGGUGGUUGGAAGCUUCACUCCAAACACUUUCAAAGACCCAAAACCAAAACCCACACCACAACCACCUCCUGAAGCAUUGCCCGUAACCGCCGGUCCACUCACAGCCGCAAGGCCUAUUUCACAGGCAAACCCCCAAGUCGACUGCGAGACGCCCACCUCAACAUUACCCGUCCAACCCCAAGUCGGAAGCAUGGAUAACCCCACUCCAAAUCCUACUCUUCAUGCUGCAAGUUGGCAUGGACUGCAGUCAUCGGAACACAAGGCUUCUCCAGAUAUAAACAUAUGCUUGCAUGGAGAGUAUUGACACUGAUGUAAUUCUCUUGGCACCUUAACACUACCAAGUUAAUCCAAUAUCUUCAGUAAUGAUUCUGCUAGAAAUGCAUUAGGUUAGGGAUUAGUUUAGGAGUUUUCUUGUCGAUUGAAUAGUGAUAAACUGAUGGAUCCAUCUAGAUUAUGUUAUCAAGCUUCUCUAAAUAUUUGUUGAACAUGUUUAACCUCAUUUAUUAAAUAGUUUGCUAUCUGUACUCUUAAA